AUGGAGAGCAUGCUCACAGACGCUCGCCGUCAUACCAUCAACAUGGGCGCAGGGCCGAGCUCACUGCCCACCCAGGUCCUUGCACAAGCCACACGAGGCUUGAUAGACUACGCCAACACGGGCAUUGGCAUCACAGAGCUAUCCCAUCGUUCCUCGACCUUUAUCGAUCUCGUCAAAGAGAGCCAACAUGACCUGAGAACCCUCUUCGGUCUGCCAGAGCGAUACGAGAUCUUGUACAUGCAGGGCGGCGGAUUGACUCAAUUUUCGAUGACUUUCCUCAACAUGCUCGCCUGGUACAAGCACAGCCACCCGACAAGCGACGUACCGACAGUCGACUACAUCGUCAGCGGUAGCUGGUCUGCCAAAGCAGCCGGUGAAGCGCGUCGACUCGGCGGCGCCAACAUCAAUAUCGUCGUCGACGGCAGGACAUUGUCACAGGAUGGCAAGACUUUUGGCGCCCUGCCCGAUCAGUCUCAAUGGAACUACUCUGAGAAGCCGGCCUGGAUCUACUACUGCGCCAACGAGACUGUCAACGGUGUAGAGAUACCACCGCCGAGCUUACCUGACAGACUGAAGCAGACACCCCUCGUAUCUGACAUGUCGUCCAACAUCCUCAGCAGAUCCGUCGAUUUCGAGUCCUACAACUUUGCCAUCGUCUACGCUGGCGCUCAGAAGAAUAUAGGCCCUUCUGGUCUGACUGUCGGCUUUGUGCGCAAGGAUAUCCUCGUCGACGUAGACGAAGCGGCAAGACGGGGCGGACCCAUCAUACCUGCCAUGAUGGCCUACAAGAACCUGGCAGACAACGAUAGCCUGUACAACACUCCUCCCAUGUUCAGCAUCUACGUUGCCGGCCUCGUCUUCAAGACGUUACUCGACCAGGGCGGCAUACCCACAUUAGAGAAAGUGAACAGGGAGAAAGCGCGGCGAGUCUACGAGGUACUUGACGACAGCAAGGGCUUCUACAUACCACGAGUACAACAAAAUAUCAGGAGCAGGAUGAACGUCGUCUUUGUGUGCAAGGGAGGGCCCGAAGUGGAAGCGAGAUUGAUAUCUGCAGCCAGCCAGGCAGGCAUCAAACAGAUCAAAGGCCAUCGAUCGGUGGGUGGCGUACGAGCAUCGCUCUACAAUGCCAUCACGCUCGAAGCUGUCGAUCAGCUGCAGACUCGUAGGAAGAGCUCAGUCUCGAGCAGCGACGGACAUUCUUCGUUCGUGAGAAGACACUAUGCACGACUGAGAGCACGCCAUCCCGAUGCAGAUCCAGUCUCGCUCUUUGCCUCGUUCGCCAUCUUGCACGAGCUGACUGCCAUCUUACCCGUCGGACUCUUCUUCUACGCCUUCCAGAGUGUCGGGUUAGGCGAAAGGAUGGUCGCCACCGUCGAAAGGCAGCGACAAGAUAACGAUCAGGCCGAUGUCUCGAUGAUCCAGAGAUGGACACAGGAUGCCCAAGCCAAAUCUGAGCGGGUAGCCAAGCGUUACGGCCUCUUUGGCUAUGCAGAUGACAGCAUAAUUGAUGAGGACAGCAAGCGACAGCUCUCCAGAGGCGCAACAGACCUCGCGGGUGCCUAUCUCAUCGUCAAGCUGCUCAUGCCAGUGAGGCUGGCGGCCUGCUUCUGGCUCUCGCCGCCUCUUGCCAAUCUGGUCGGACGAUCAAAGCUCAUCAAACGCUGGUUCAGGCCAAAGACAAAGACGACGCAACCGACAAAGUGA